AUGUGUGAUGGAUCCUACACUUUUGAAGGUGAUCGCUUCCGUGCUCCCCCAGCCCACCUGCAGUUUUCUCAGAACCUCAUCCAGAAGCUGAUUGAUCACCUCCAGAGCCAGAAUCCGAAUUGCGAAGUCAUCCCCUUGCAGGUCUUCUUGUGCCUCUACGAGGACGGCGAGGACGCCUGUCCCAAUCACGUCCACGACUGCCGGCAGCUGACGCUGUCGUUGGGGGCGCAACGAGAGGUGGCCGUGGAGGGUCGACGGAUGCUGAUGAGGCAUGGAGAUGUCUUGAUUUUGGAUGGAGAGCGGCAUGGAGUCCCGGCACUGCAAGAGAGGACAAGUCAGUCCCGAGUGUCGGUGAACAUCUUUUUCACCACCAGCAAUGAUGCUUCUCGUCCAGUGAGUGUAAAUCAUCGAGCAGGUGCUGGUUACCAGACGACGGGCCGUGGCAAAGGUCGUGGCAAGAGCCAAAAGGCUUCGCUGCAGGAGACUGGAGCGCAAGGCACUGCUCGCCAAAACCGUUGGAACCGACAAAGGUAG